AUGGUGAACAUUGCAGUAGCAGGCGGCAAUGGUAAUGUUGGCCGAACUAUUGUGGAGGUUCUAAAAGAACAAACUCGUCAUGCUCCAUUCAUCCUUUCUCGCCACACUGAAGUCGGCGUUCCUGCUCUAGCAGUUGACUAUACCAACAUUGACUCUAUCCGAGAGGUCCUUGAGAAGAAUAACAUCCACACUGUUAUCAGUUGUGUUAAUUAUGAAGGCGAUGCUCUAGCUGUGGCUCAAUUGAACUUGAUCAAGGCGUCUACCAACUCCUCUACCACAAAGAGGUUUAUUCCUAGCACAUUUGGUAUCGCUUAUCCAGAAUCAGCUAUUAAAGAGCUCCCUAUGUUAACUGAUUACUUCAAAGCUAUUGGAGAAUUGAAGAAGUCAGGCCUACAGUGGACUGUAGUCAACAAUGGUUGCUUUCUUGAUUACUGGGGUCAGCCUCAUAUUAAGAGCUUCCUUCGCCCGUCACCCUUUGGCAUCGAUAUUGCCAACAGGGAAGCUGCUAUUCCUGGUGAUGGCAACACGCCUUUCUCUCUCACUUAUUCCUUUGACAUGGCAAAGUACGUGGUAGCUCUACAGGAUCUUGAUGAGUGGCCUGAGGUCUCAAGAUUUGCUGGCGAUAUCAUUACAUGGAAUGAGUUUCUAAGUCUCGCGGAGGAAUCUGCUAACUUACUGACAGGUUCCAAAUUCAAGGUUACUUACGACUCUAUUGAAAAGCUGGAAAAGGGGGAAAUAACCGAAUUGCCAUCCCAAGUGCCUUGUUAUGCGUUUAUCCCCAAGCCGCAGUUCCAGGGGUUCAUGUCCAUUUUCACAAAAUGGACGGCAAAUGAGAAAAUUUCUCUUAUUCCAGCGGAAAUGAACUCUAGAUUUCCAGGCAUCAAGCCUCUCACUGUACGAGAGAUGCUCAAUGUUUGGAAAGAUGAGUCAAGUUAG